AUGAUCUAUUCCGCUCUUCUACCACUCGCCGCCGCCUUGGCUGCAGGAGCUUCCCUCCCUCACUUUAAAAACUGUCAUCUCAAAAGCUAUCCAGGCCCUGAAAACCCAAGUUUUGAGACUGGCAACCUCGAGGGAUGGGAAGUUGUCAGCGGCACUGCAUUCGGCAAAGACUCCAUCUCCAGCGAUGUAUCAUACUGGGAUGGUCCCUUCCAUCAGGAUGGCAAGAAGUUUCUCCUAGGCUUUAAGCAAGCCGGUGAGACAGCCGUUGGGGAACUCAAGUCAAGCACCUUCAGAGCCAGCUCUACCCUGAGCUUCCUAAUCGGAGGUGGAUAUGACCCUGACAAUCUCUACGUUGCUCUUGUGCGCGAGUCGGAUAGAAAGGUCCUUCUCAAGCAGACGGCGACCAACGACGAGGCUCUCAUUCGCAUCAUCUGGGACACGAGCAAGUGGCAGGGUCAGAAGGUGCAUAUCGUCGUGCAUGACAGCAGCAAGUCGGAGUCCUGGGGCCACAUAAAUAUUGACGACGUUCGCGUUGGCUGCCAUGCUCUUGGAAACGGCAAGGAUCUCUCCUUCAACAUACUCGGCCAGGCAAAUCAAGCUCCUCACGGCUCCUCCGCUUGCUCCUCCUAUGCUGCAGACCCCACUAGACCUCAGUACCACUACACACCCUUCCAAGGGUGGAUCAACGACCCCGCUGGUCUGGUCGAGUUUCAUGGGACUCAUCACCUGUUUAGCCAAUACUACCCCGAUGCACCGCUGUGGGGUCCCAUGCAUUGGGCCCAUGCCACGAGUACUGAUGCGGUUCACUGGCGUGAGCAACCUGUGGCAUUGUACCCUGCCAAAGUGAGCAACUCUAGUGACGAUUCUGGUCGCUUUACUGGAAGUGCAGUCGUCGACAAGAAGAACGAGUUGCGGCUUAUUUUGACUGACUACAUCAAUCUUGCCUACCACCCUGACGCAGUUCAGGAGAGUGUAAUCACGGCUAUGAGCAAAGAUGGGGUCAGGUUCAAUCUGUCUAAGAAACCGAUCAUUUCUGGACCUCCAAAAGGAGAAGAUCCCUUCUUCCGAGACCCCAAGGUCUUUCGUGACCCAACCGACAACAACUGGAAAAUGGCUGUUGGCGCCACCAACGGCGAGACUGGCCAAGUACAGCUGUAUGAGUCUGACGACCUCGUGUCUUGGUCCCAUGUCGGUAUUCUCUAUACUGGCGACGGUAGCACUGGGAAGCUAUGGGAGUGUCCCAACUUCUUCCCACUGGGCGACAAAUGGGUUCUCUUUUAUGGCGGAAAUGGACUCGGUUGGUACGAGACUGGCACGUAUAAUGGAACGACGUUCACAAGUGAAAAGCGCGGACUGGUUGAUGAGGGCCCUGCUAGUUACGCUAUGCAGUGGUACAAGGAUGAGUCAGGCCGCGAUCUGGCGAUUACUUGGAUGGCAAAUUGGCCUAGUCCCAAGUGGCCCAGUCGUGUGAACGGAUGGGCCGGACAACAAUCCAUUACGCGCGAGUUGUUUGUCCGCAAAGAUGGUGGUCUGGGUCAACGUCCAAUUGCGGAGCUGAAGAGUCUUGCAUCUGGCCCGGCCAGGAAAUUUGGAGCUACCAAGGUUACAUCAAAAGGUUUCCAUGUCGGAAGCUCCAGGAGCGCUAGACUCACCCUUGUCGUCGAUCUCGCUUCGUCGGAUGCUACAUCCUUCACCGUCUCACUCUUUGAGUCUACCGGUGAAUCCGUACUGCUGACAUUCGAUAAAGGCGCUGGAAGUCUCACCCUUGACACUACUAAUGCUGGCUAUGGUCAGGCCGGGAAGUGGAAAGCCUUUGUUGCUAAUGCGGACGACAAGAAGCUCAACUUGGAUAUCCUUCUUGAUAGAUCUGUUCUUGAGAUUUUCGCAGGUGAUGGGACCGUGUUUUCGGCCACUGUCUUUCCUAGGUAUCAGGAGUCGCAGGAUAUUAGCGUACUCGCGAAUGGAGGUUCUUUGGCGGUGGAUUCGAUUGCGCUUACGCCACUCGGCUCUAGCUGGUGUUGA